AUGUACUGCCAUUUCGGACAAUACGAUCCACCGGUUGGUCAUAAGAUUCCUGAAGCUCUAGCUUUGCCUGUUUACGAUGGAAUUCUAGGGGAUUCUGAAGAUAUUCACGCGCAUUGGAAUACUAUAAAAGCGAAGUUGAAUGCAAAGGUACAAGAAAUUCGUGUGGCAAGGCAAUUGUCCACACAGCUUCCACAAACUGGAGCUGCUUUGCAUGAACUACUCGGAAAGGAACUUUACUAUAGAGUAAGUCUAAUGGUCAUAUGUAAUUGAUA